UUGGUCACAUUCCAGAACCCUCCAGAAUCCUCUUUCCCAGAUCUAUAUAAGUUCCCUCCAUUCUCUGGUCUCAUCAUCCCAAUUCGAAAAUCACUAAUAAACUUCUCGGGCGUUCUCAAGAAAUCAAAAUCUCUCUCUCUUUAAUUCGAUUCCCGAAUACUUCGUGUUUCAUCUCAAGAAACUAUUAUGCAGAUCUUCGUGAAAACCCUAACAGGGAAGACGAUUACCUUGGAGGUGGAGUCCUCCGAUACCAUCGACAAUGUGAAGGCUAAGAUCCAAGACAAGGAAGGCAUCCCGCCGGACCAGCAGCGUCUCAUCUUCGCCGGAAAGCAGCUCGAAGACGGUCGCACCCUUGCCGACUAUAAUAUCCAGAAGGAGUCCACGCUCCACCUCGUCCUCCGCCUCCGUGGCGGCAUGCAGAUCUUCGUCAAAACCCUAACCGGAAAGACGAUCACUCUGGAGGUUGAAUCCUCCGACACAAUCGACAACGUGAAGGCCAAGAUUCAAGACAAAGAAGGCAUUCCUCCCGAUCAGCAGCGACUCAUCUUCGCCGGGAAACAGCUAGAGGAUGGUCGCACCCUCGCCGAUUACAACAUUCAAAAGGAGUCCACGCUCCACCUUGUUCUCCGUCUUCGCGGCGGCAUGCAGAUCUUUGUGAAAACCCUAACGGGAAAGACCAUAACUCUCGAGGUUGAAUCUUCGGACACAAUAGACAACGUGAAGGCCAAGAUUCAAGAUAAAGAAGGAAUCCCUCCUGAUCAACAGCGACUCAUCUUCGCUGGGAAGCAAUUAGAGGACGGGAGGACGCUUGCUGAUUACAACAUACAGAAGGAGUCGACGUUGCAUCUUGUUCUUAGGUUGCGUGGAGGGAUGCAGAUUUUCGUGAAGACUCUAACCGGGAAGACGAUAACGCUAGAGGUGGAGAGUUCUGAUACUAUUGAUAAUGUGAAGGCAAAGAUACAGGAAGAGGGGAUUCCACCGGACCAGCAGCGUCUAAUCUUUGCUGGGAAGCAGCUUGAGGACGGACGCACUCUGGCCGAUUACAACAUUCAAAAGGAGUCCACCCUCCAUCUUGUUCUCAGGCUCCGUGGCGGUGAACUCUGAUCGCUGAUUGUGCUGGGGUUGUUUUCUUUCUGAUGUUCUAGUUAUAGAAUUUGGACUUUUGUUUCUUUUCCUGUGCCUUGUGAAUCUGUUACUGGUAAUUAAGAUUGUACUGUUGUUCUUCUGCUGAAGUAUUGAUUAAUACAGAAUAAGAUUUACUUAUGCUA